AUGAUCUCCUUUCUGUCAAGACAAUGCCUCUUUAUCGCCCUCCUGCUGCUGAUGUUGAUGACGGCCCGUGCCCAAUUUGGUGUGAAGGACAAGGACAAAGCAAAGGAUGGAAAUCAUAAUACGAAGAACCAACUUGAUCUAGAAAAUGACCCAGAACUUCUCGCUGCCAUGGAAAUCUUUGCGGGCAUGUCACCCGAAGAAAUGGAAGAAACCAUGAAGGAGCUGACUCAAAUGUUGGGAGAUGAUCCGGAAACGCUAUCGGCCAUUCGAGACGUCAUGAAAGAAAUUCCCAAUCUCAAAACGUCCGACAUUCAGUCUUCGCUGAAGGAAAUGGUUUCCGAGGAUGAAGUUGCCGCGGCCACUCAAGACGCACUCAAGUUGCUGGGAAAAUCCAACUGGGAAACCAUAUGGGAAAAACAAGAUUUGAUCUUGGAGGCCGUGAUUCAAUCGGGACAGCUCUCUGCGAACGAUGCAGCACUCUACAAGAGCGACAAAGAUGCUUGGGAAAAGGAACUACGAUUUAUAUGGAAUGAACUGCAAAAACAAGCAGCUGCCUCCUCUGGAAAGGAUGAGUUGUAG